UUCUCUCAGAUCAGACGACGCCAUGUCUCUUGUGCAAUCAGAAUUCUCCAUCGAUCCGAAACCGAAACGGAUCCGGACUCAUGAAAAGCUCAAGGCUGUUGAAGCCUAUCUGUCUCAACUCGAAGUAAAAGAUGAAUGUGAAUGUGAAUAUGAAGAUGAAGAAGAAGAUGAUGAUGAUGAUUAUGGCAUUGAUGAUGAUGAAGAAGGAGAAGAAGAAGAAGAAGUUCAAGCAGAAGAUCAGGCAAAAGAAGAAUUUGUUUUGUGUGGUGUUUGUUUGAAGGACAAGGAACACUGGACUUUUGAUUGCACAUACUUGGUUCGUAUACCUAACCCAAUGGAAGUAACUCUUGGCCCAGGCUAUGAAUGAGUUUGUGUUCACUGUAACGAGUUAAAUGGUUAUCCUAUGAAGGUCGUCCAAAAUGUUAUUGCUGGGGUGACAACCCGGGAAAUAUGUGGGUAGGACGUACUGAAAUGAGUUGAAUUAUAUUGCUCAAUGUUUUCAUACACGG